UUCACAAGUCUGAAGAACAAAGCAAAAGCCUUUCGAAGUCGUAACCGAAACGCCAAAUCAUUACCGUUCAACUGAAAUCCAACGGAGAGGGGAUUUUUGAUCCCUUGUACGUUAUCUUCUUUCUCUUCUUCUUCAACUUCUCUUUCUCCAAAUCGUGUAUCGGUUUAAUUUCUAGGGAAAAAUUUCAGAUUAAAUGGAGAAAGGAGUUGGAUUUGAGGGAGAGGAUUCGAAAAAGAAGAAGACAAUUAGUGAUGGAUUUGUCGGCGGUUUUUUCCCUGUCUCUACCACCAAGAUCGCGUGGAAAUCAAGGAAAAGAUCAGCAUCGGUGAACCCAGACAAGGCACCGGAAGCUUUUAUGGAGAUCACACCAGAGAAGAAUGAGACAACAAUGAUGGAAAGCGAGAAAGUUGGGGAACCAAUAGCCACAACUCCUGUCCUGUCUGAGAAAAGAAAAGCUCUGUUUGAGCCACUCGAACCGAUUACAAACUUGAAUGGAAAGCGACCAACAGCGGCUGAUUCAUUGUUGCCACCUCCAGAUUUCGAGUCUGCAAACUACCCGAAAGGCUGGUUGAUCGGUAAGAAGAGGAAGCUGGUGAAUGUUGAUGUAGUCGAGAGCAUGCGGAGAAUCGCUGUCCAAGAAAUGAACAGAAAGGACCGAGAGAUAGAUGGGUUAAACGAGCAGCUAGAAGAGGAUUCACGUUGCUUGGAGCACUUGCAACUUCAGCUGCUACAAGAGAGAAGCAAGAGAACAGAGAUCGAGAGAGAGAACACAAUGUUGAAAGAGCAGGUCGAUAUGCUUGUGAACAUGAUACAACAAGAAGAAGAAGAAGGAGCAGAAGAACCCUAGCUAGUUUUCAUCACAUGUCCUGUCGACGGUCUACCUAUAAUAGUAGCUCUGUUCUGUUUGUUUAUUCUUUUGUCCGUAAGAAGGAAGAAAGAGAGAAGCUUUAUCACCAUGUAUUAUCUGGUUAAGCUACAGUUGUUUUCUCCUGUUAGAAGAAAUAAGAAUCAAGAAAAUUAAAUAUUUUAA